AUGUAUCACCGCGGGGGUCACCAGGCAUGGACACCACCACCUAAUUUUGCCAUGGUUGAGGCAGGCAUCUACCGCAGCGCCUAUCCCACGCUCGCCAGUGUGCCCUAUCUCAAGUAUAUUGGUAUCAAAACCGUUGUCUUGCUCUCCAUCGAGCUGCUACCGGCGCCUGUCGCACGUGCUCUUGCAAGCACAGAACAUGCAACUCGUGCCGCAGGCAAUUCGGAGGGAAGUGCAGCGAGUAAGAGGGAUACGGACACCUCCGUUCCCAUUCGUGUCGUCCGCACAGCAGAUUUGACGGAGUGGAUGAAUGAAUACUCAUGGGCAAAAGAUGACUUUGCCGAGUCGGACGUCCGUCGCGCUUUGGAUUUUGCCCUUCAAACGGAUUUCCAACCCGUGCUUUUUACAUGUCCUACGGGGGAUAUUCAAACCAGCCUCGUAAUCGGUUGCAUGCGGCGAUAUCAGGGCUGGACUGUUGCAGCGGCUCUUACAGAGUGCGAGUUGUUUGUCAAUGUUUCAAAGUGUGUGCGCCCCAGCGUUCUGAGGUUCAUCGAGCGCUGGGACCUCAAUGAGCAGCCUCUGCAGGAAGCCAGUAUUGCCAGUAGGAAGCGUGAGCUUUUCCUACGGGAGUGUCAGCAGGAACAGUUCCAGCGCCGGCGGUGCAAAGAACUACUGCAUGUGCCGACCGACUCGGGUUCCGACAACGAUGACAUCGUGACGCGAAACGGUAACCAGACAGGGAGGAAGGGAAGUCCCCAAAGCUACUCAGCGCCGUGCCGGGAGAACCACUGGGGUAGAGUCUCUUCCUGCAAGGAAAAGGGCGGGGAGGAUGCUGCGCUUUCCGCCCCCGCUUCGACGAUAACAGUCGCGCUGGCGCCGUGGUACACCGCCGGCUUGGCGCGACGCGCCGCCUAUGCGGAGGAAAUUCUUGCGGCCCGGGCGAAGAGGGCCUCAACACCGAAGGAGGGCCGCUUGCCGGAGCCCCAUGAGCGGUACUUUGGUGUGCGAAACCCACCCGCACUCGAUGAGCGCUCGACCUUCACGAAGGAAUCGGUUGUUGAAGAAGACGACGACUGA